CAAAUAAUACCUAUAAAGUCCAAAUUAUUAGUCUAUGAAAUAAACAAAUGAUGCUUUUGUCAAAAUUAUAUUAACAAAUGAACUAAACAAUUAGUGACUAUUCAUAGCUCGCCGUUACUGUAGUGGUUAUUAAUUAGGUGACGUGACAAAUUUUCGGAGACACACAACUGUCAUCUGAAUUCAGAAUGUCAAUUUUCUGAAAGUUCUGUCAAAUUCAAAGUGGUAGGCGUUUUUAUUGAAAAAUAUACACUCUCCAUUCCCUUCAGUUCAUUAAUUUAUAAUUGUGAAUAAAUUAAUUCUAACAUGACCGACUCUAAAUAUUUUACAACCACAAAGAAGGGGGAAAUCUUCGAAUUGAAAUCAGAAUUAAACAAUGACAAAAAAGAGAAGAAAAAGGAAGCUGUUAAGAAGGUGAUAGCCUCUAUGACGGUUGGUAAAGAUGUCUCAGCUCUGUUUCCUGAUGUAGUAAAUUGUAUGCAAACCGAUAAUCUAGAGUUGAAGAAGUUAGUUUAUCUAUAUUUAAUGAACUAUGCCAAGUCCCAACCAGAUAUGGCAAUAAUGGCUGUUAACACUUUUGUUAAAGAUUGCGAAGAUCCUAACCCACUUAUCAGAGCACUGGCAGUAAGAACUAUGGGAUGUAUAAGAGUGGACAAGAUCACAGAAUAUUUAUGUGAACCUUUAAGAAAGUGUCUGAAAGAUGAAGAUCCUUACGUACGAAAAACUGCAGCUGUUUGUGUUGCUAAACUUUAUGAUAUUUCCUCAGGAUUAGUUGAAGAUCAAGGAUUUCUGGAACAGUUGAAAGAAUUAUUGAGUGAUUCUAAUCCAAUGGUGGUUGCUAAUGCUGUUGCAGCACUGUCUGAAAUCAAUGAAAGCAGCCCAACUGGUCAACCUCUUGUUGGUAAGAAUAGUUACACAAUAAACAAACUGCUGACAGCUCUCAACGAAUGUACUGAAUGGGGUCAAGUUUUCAUUUUGGAUUCCCUUUCCAACUAUACUCCAAGAGAUGACCGUGAGGCCCAAAGUAUUUGCGAACGUAUAACACCACGUUUGGCACAUGCAAAUGCUGCAGUUGUACUGUCAGCUGUCAAAGUUCUGAUCAAAAUGAUGGAGAUUCUAGCAGGGGAUACUGAAUUCUGCACCACUAUGAGCAAGAAGCUUGCACCACCUCUGGUUACGCUACUUAGUUCUGAACCUGAAGUCCAGUAUGUUGCAUUGAGAAAUAUAAAUUUGAUUGUGCAAAAAAAACCGGAUAUUCUGAAACAUGAAAUGAAGGUUUUCUUUGUCAAGUAUAAUGACCCUAUCUAUGUCAAACUAGAGAAGCUUGAUAUCAUGAUUCGUCUAGCCUCUCAAGUUAACAUUGCACAAGUUCUGAGCGAACUGAAAGAAUACGCAACUGAAGUGGAUGUGGACUUUGUGAGAAAAGCCGUGAGAGCCAUUGGAAGAUGUGCCAUUAAGGUAGAACCUUCCGCAGAAAGAUGUGUUGCUACACUCCUUGACUUGAUACAAACCAAAGUGAAUUAUGUCGUUCAAGAAGCUAUAGUGGUUAUCAAGGAUAUCUUCAGAAAAUAUCCUAACAAAUACGAGAGUAUCAUCAGUACUCUGUGUGAAAAUCUCGACACAUUGGAUGAACCGGAAGCAAGAGCUAGUAUGGUAUGGAUUAUUGGAGAAUAUGCGGAAAGAAUUGACAAUGCCGAUGAACUUCUGGACAGUUUUCUGGAAGGUUUUGCUGACGAGAAUGCUCAGGUGCAACUGCAACUGCUCACAGCUGUGGUGAAACUUUUUUUGAAACGUCCUCAGCAUACUCAAGGUUUAGUUCAACAUGUUCUCAGCUUAGCUACUCAAGAUUCUGAUAAUCCCGACUUGAGAGAUCGUGGUUUCAUCUAUUGGAGAUUAUUAAGUACCGACCCAGCUGCCGCUAAAGAGGUUGUACUAGCCGACAAACCUUUGAUAUCUGAAGAAACUGAUUUGUUGGAACCUACAUUACUUGAUGAACUGAUUUGUCACAUAUCAUCAUUGGCUAGCGUGUAUCAUAAACCACCCACUGCUUUUGUUGAAGGAAGAAGUGCAGGAGUCAGAAAAUCUCUUCCAGCAAGGCAAGGUUCAAAUGAAGAAGUAUCUAGUGCACCUGAAGCUACAGUCAUUCCGAAUCAGGAGAGUCUGAUUGGCGAUUUACUCUCUAUGGAUCUGGGUGCGCCUGCUCCACCAGUUUCUGCACCUGCUCCAGUCCCAACAAGCAAUGUAGAUUUGCUUGGUGGGGGAUUGGACGUUUUGUUAGGUGGACCUGAUCUCAGUGCAGGUGCUGCUCCAUCAACUACGGGAUUAUUGGGUGACAUAUUUGGUUUAACCUCUGCCCCUACCAUGUACACCCCGCCGAAGAUCUGCUGGUUGCCAGCAGAUAAAGGAAAAGGUCUUGAGAUUUUUGGAACAUUCUCAAGGAGAACCAAUCAAAUUUCUAUGGAUAUGACCUUGACUAAUAAAGCUAUGCAGGCGAUGACAGGGUUUGCCAUCCAGUUCAACAAAAACAGUUUCGGUAUAACUCCAAGUGCCCCACUCAAUGUACCUGCCUUGCAACCUGGUCAGAGUUUGGAGUACAGUCUUCCCUUGAGCACCACCGGUCCAGUUCAAAGAAUGGAGCCGCUAACUACCUUGCAAGUUGCCAUCAAGAACAGUGUUGAUGUGUUUUAUUAUGCUUGUCAAGUACCAAUUCAGGUUCUGUUCACCGAGGAUGGUACUUUGGACAAGAGAGUAUUUUUGACUACUUGGAGAGACAUUCCUUCUGCAAAUGAGGUGAGAUUUUUCAACUGAAACAUAAAUAGCCUUAACAGGACUUAUUUUAUUGAAAUG